AUGAAUUCCUUAUUCUGGAAUUGUCGGGGGCUUGGGAACCCUUCGACAAUUCGUCAACUUGUUUGGCUUGCCAAACAUAAGCGGCCCGAGGUUUUGUUCUUGAUGGAGACAAAGCUUUUUUCUGUGGAAUGGUCUCCCAUCUUGUCUCAGCUUCGUUUUAAUAAUUUCUUUCCUGUCGAUUGUGAUGGUGCAAAUGGAGGUCGUAGAGGAGGGUUGUGCCUCAUUUGGUUUGAUGACAUCAACAUAGUGGUGAAGUCUUCCUCUCUUCACCACAUUCUUGCUACUGUUGAUGAUGGUGUGCGCGAUGCUUGGGACUUUUGUGGCUUAUAUGGCUGGAGUAUUACUGAUGACCACCAUUACACUUGGGAUUUAAUGCGAUCUCUUCGAACUCAGGUUUCGGAGAAAUGGAUUUGCGGUGGCGAUUUUAAUGAAACCAUGUUUCAUUUCGAGAAGCGGGGAGGUCAACCAAAAACUGACAGUAGGUUGGAUCUUUUUAGGGGGGCGGUUGAUGAUUGUGGGUUGAGUGAUCUGGGUUAUAUUGGUGAACCUUUCACGUGGAACAAUAAUCAGAAGGAUGAUGCCAACAUUAUGGAACGUUUGGACCGUGUUCUGGGGAGCGAAAGCUGGAUUCUCUCUUUUCAUGGUUUCGAGGUUUCACAUCUUCUCAGAAAAUCAAGUGAUCAUUGUCCCCUUCUGCUUUGCUUAGAGAAGGAGGUGGAUGACAAUCCAUAUAGACCCAAACCUUUCCGCUUUGAGGCUAUGUGGUUGCGACAUGAUCAAUGCAAAAGUUUUGAGGAAGAGUGUUGGGCAGCAGGAGGGACGAUCAGUUCUAUUACUGAUAUGAAUGGCAAGCUUGAAGAUAUGGGUCGUGAGUUUAAAGCUUGGGAGAAGAAUGUUUCUGGUCAUGUUCGGAAGCGAUGCUCAAAGAUUAGAAAAGAGCUAACUGAACUUCAGAAAAGUCAUUGUGAUGCUGCUACAAAAAAUGACCAAAAACAGUUAGAGUCAGAGUUAGAUGAGCUUUUGAAACAAGAUGAGAUGAUGUGGAAACAGAGGUCGAGGGCGGAUUGGUUGGCAGAAGGGGAUAGAAACACUGGUUUCUUCCAUAGAAUUGCUGAGGGUAGAAAAAAAAGAAACUUUAUCCGAGAAAUCCAUGGUGCUGAUGGAACAAAGGUGCGAAAACAAGAGAAGUUGGAUGAGGCUUUUAGGAGUCACUUUCAGGAGCUCUUUUAUUCAGGAGCUACUCAUAACCCCGAUGAAGUUCUGAGUUCCAUUGAACCAGUGGUCACUAAUGAGAUGAAUAGAGAGCUUACUAUGCCAUACACCAAAGCCGAGAUCGUGGAGGCUCUUAAACAAAUGCAUCCUCUUAAAGCUCCUGGGCCUGAUGGCUCAAGUCGUGUCUUCCGGCAUGAGAGUCAAUCUGCUUUUGUCCCUGGCCGUCACAUUACUGAUAAUGCUUUACUGGCCUUUGAGAUCUUUCAUAUGAUGAAACUUAAUAAGGCAAAAGAGCACGAAGUGUUUGCUUUUAAACUUGAUAUGGCCAAAGCAUAUGACCGUGUUGAGUGGGGUUUUUUAAAGGAUAUCAUGUCUCACUUAGGCUUUGCUUCUUCGUUUGUGGAUUUGAUUUUGAGAUGUGUUUUAUCGGUCUCUUUUCAAGUUCUUGUUAAUGGCUUUCCAGGUUCCCAAUUUGCCCCUAGUCGAGGUUUACUUAGAAGGGCUGAAUCCCAGAAGUUGCUGCAUGGAGCCAGAAUUUGUAAAACGGCCCCAAGGUUUAGCCAUCUCCUGUUCGCAGAUGAUUGUAUAAUUUUUGGAAGAGGAAAUGAGAGGGAAAUUGCUACUGUCAAAAGAGUUAUAAACUCUUAUGAAGGCGUUUCAGGGCAACUUGUAAAUCUUGAGAAGUCUUCCAUUAGUUUCAGUGGUGGUGUUCCGGAAGAAAAGAAAUUGCAGCUAGCGGGUCUCAUGGGAGUGCAGCGAACUGGACAGCGUGCUACAUAUUUAGGCAUCCCGAGUACGGUGGGGCGGUCGAAGAGUGAAGUUUUUCAGAUGUUAAUCGAUCGAACUCGAAAAAAAACUAAAGAUUGGAAGAGAAGAUUUCUCUCUGGAGCGGGGAAAAUGGUGCUUAUUAAGUCGGUUCUACAAUCUAUCCCCUCUUACAUCAUGAGUUGUUUUGCCCUCCCGUCUCAAGUUUGUCAAAAUCUCAAUAAUGUGGCUGCUAGAUUCUUUUGGGGACAGAAAAAUGAAGAACGACGCAUUCAUUGGAAGAGUUGGAAAUUUUUAUGCACGACUAAAGGUAGCGGUGGUUUGGGUUUUAGGGACAUUUCCCUCUUUAAUCAGGCAAUGCUUGCCAAACAAGCAUGGAGGCUCCUUACAAAUGAUAGCUCUUUACUUGCUCGAUCUUUGAAAGCGAGGCAUAGCUUGGAGCUUAGGCAAUGGCAGACGGAUACGGAUCGGGCUAGACCCUUGGCUCCUAAUGGGAAUGGGCAGUUCUUGGUGGCUAAUGUGGAGGAACGGCAUAUCAAUUCUAAUGUUCAAAUGCUCUUGCUUGAAGAUCAACUGAUGUGGAAUGAUGAUGCUUUGCAGACGACUCUCCAACCGAAUGACAGAUGGAAAGUUCAAGCGCAAAUGAGGAUUAAUCCUUUGGAAUGUGACAAACCUUUUUGGCCUCAUGGGAAAUUCAAUGCUUAUUCAGUCAAGUCUGGUUAUAAUCUUGCUAUUGAACUGAAACAACGUGAAGAAGCAUCAUCGUCUAACUCCCUCAACUCCCUGUCUUCUUGGAUUUGGGGUCUUGAUGUUAUCCCGAAGGUGAAACUGUUUUUGUGGAAAUGUAUGGUGAAUGCUCUGCCUACAUCAAACAUGCUGCGAAGAAGAGGGAUUGAUGUCGAGGUUAUUUGUCGCAGAUGUGGUGAGAAAGUGGAAACGGUGGAACAUGCUCUGCGGGAUUGUGUUUGGGUUCGCAUGCUUUGGGCUAUGUCCCCUCUCAGAAUUCAGCUUAAUACUCAGGGUGAUAAUGGUUCGAUUGUGGACUGGUUUGAGAAGUUUUGCAGGGGCCCUCCCAAGGAAGCUCAAGCUCUUGUCGCGUCUCUUAGCUGGUCAAUUUGGUAUGCCCGUAAUCUCUUGUUUUUCCAACAAAAUGAGCUGUCUCACCAGGAAUGCCUUCUGAUAGCCAGUCGGGCUCUUUGGUCACCCCCGGUUUGCUCUUCUCCGCAAAAGUCUGCUGUUGUCACCCUUUUUUGCGAGAAUGAGCGAGAGUUCAAAAUCUCGUCGGAUGUGGCAAUUUAA